UGGGCCCAGACAGCAGCUGCCUGCGAGAUGCCUUCUGCUGCCGCUGAGCAGCCUCGCUCCAUUUUGGGGAUGGAUGAUGCAUUUUUUCCACUAACUCAUGUUCAUGCCUCUUUAUUUAAAGGCACAACAUCAGUUCUGACAAGAGAAAGUUCACGGUCGGUCUCUGCCACACAAACCCCACCCCAAGCCUGGGCUUCGACGGCACCCCCCUCCCGCCAGGGAGAAGCCAAUGCAGAGCGGGACGGAGAGGAAGCUGCUGCAGUUGGAUGCUAUUUUUAACGGGUGUGGCAUCGUCUGCAGGCAGUUUAUGAGCCGGAUCUUCACUCCCCCUGCUCCCCCUCUGUGGCAGAGCCAGCUGCACCUGGACCGUGUUUGAACAGCAGGUGGGCAGGUCUGAAAGCAGCUCCCCGCGUCCCCUCAAAUAGCGCGAGGCGAGACGACCCACCUCCCCUUGAAAGCUCUGCUGGAGGGGAGACGACGAGAUGGCCGCCCUCAUCGCUGAGAACUUCCGCUUCUUCUCGCUCUUCUUCAAGAGCAAAGAUGUGAUGAUCUUCAAUGGCCUGGUGGCUCUGGGGACGGUGGGCAGUCAGGAGAUCUUCUCAGUGGUUGCCUUCCACUGCCCCUGCUCCCCAGCCAGGAACUACAUCUAUGGACUGGCUGCCAUCGGCGUCCCGGCCUUGGCCCUCUUCCUCAUCGGCAUCAUCUUGAACAACCACAUGUGGAACCUGGUGGCCGAGUGCCACAAACGGGGCACCAAGAACUUUUCCAGCCCGGCCACCUUCCUGCUCUUCGGCUCCAUCCUGGGGCGGGCGGCGGUGGCCCCCAUCACCUGGUCUGUCAUCUCAUUGCUCCGUGGAGAAGCCUACAUCUGUGCCCUGAGUGAAUUUGUGGCUCCAACGUCUUUGGACAAGUUUCCAGCUGAGUACGGAGCAGAAACCCUGGCCGUGUUCCCUUGUAAAGAGGUGCUGACGAACCUGACUCACUUUAAAGAAGAAGUGAUCAGAAGAUUAAGAUACGAGUCUCAGCUCUUUGGAUGGCUGCUCAUUGGUGUUGUUGCGGUCCUGAUUUUCCUCUCCAAGUGCUUGAAACACUGCUGCUCGCCGCUGAGCUACCGGCAGGAAGACUACUGGGCCCAGUACCGCUCCAACGAGGCCAAGCUCUUCCACCGCACCGCUGAAGUCCACUCCAAGAUCCUGGCUGCCGGUAAUGUCAAGCAGUUCUUCGGCUUCGUGGCUCUGAACAAGGAGGAGAAGGAGCUGGUGGAGGAGUUCCCAGUGGAGGGGGUCCAGCCGAGCCCGCAGUGGAACGCUAUCACGGGGGUCUACAUCUACCGGGAAAACAAGGGCUUCCCACUCUACAGCCGGCUCCAUAAAUGGGCCAAAGGGGUCGAGGGAAAUGGACCAGGGCCUGAUGGCCAGGAAAUGGCCUUCCUAGCCGUCUAAGCAAGCCAGCUGCCCAUGGGAGGAGGGACCAGUUCCCCAUGCUCUGUCACUUUAUACUCAAAACAAUAUAACCAACUCAGGUGCACGGUGACCAGAUACGCUGUGAAUGAUCCUCCAGAUAGGAUUAUUCUUCUUAGACCACAGCAAGCCACAGGGCAUCAACAGCUUCUGGAUAAAGACCAGCUGCACCGUGCUGUGCUGGGGAACCAGACCCUACCUCUCUGGGAUAUGACUGUCACCGCUGCUCCCACAAAGUGGAGCAUAACGCAGACGCAUGCACCUUACCUACCGCCUAGCAAGGCAGCACAGGCAGAAACCUUGGGUCCUGCACAUGCAAGGAUAA